GUUGGCUGGUAAUUGGGAUAUAAUUAUUAGGUAAAGUAAGGUUGCCGCGUUACUUUUCUCGGGCUUUUGGCUAAGAUCAAGUCAAGAGUACUAUAUAUUCUUAUUAAUUUAAUCUUUGAUAUGCGAGUCAUAGGCUCACACGAUAUAUUAACUGUUUCUAAGGGGCUAAUUCUACCGCACCCCACCAAAGAAAAAAGUAAGGUGGUCGUGGUCUUUUUCUUUCCUUCUUGCAGGGACGGAGCCAGUAUUUGAAGUUUAUGUGUAUAGAAUUCUAAUUUUUUAAAGUUAUUAUUAAAUUAAUAAUUUUUACAUAGUAAAUGAAUUUUUUAAGAUAAAUAUAGCGGUUUGGACCAAAAUUACUGAGUACGGUAGAACCUAUACCUUGAACUCUAGCUCCACCCUAGUAUUCAAAUCCUAUUGUUUUGUUUUUUGGACCGACAUAUAUACUCUUCCCGUGGGCAACUAGCCUAUUAUCGACCACGAGUUGAUUAAUAUCAACUGUAGAGAGAUCUAUACCUAUAUUUUUAUUUUAUGUAACGAGGAAUGGAAUUAGUGGACAAAGGCCAGCCAGCCCUACCUGAAUGAUGUGGAUGUUUAACAUUGUUAAUAACCACUAAUUAAUACCAUCCACUAACAAUUUCUGAUUGCCAAUUAAAUAAAAGGACAAUAUAGAGAAACAAACAUAAAUUAGUUGAAAGAGAGGUCUCGCUUUCUACAUACAUACAUUAAUUAUUGUAUACAUUUUCAUUCCAUUGGCCAAUACUCUUCCAGUUUACAUUCAUAGAUAGAAUAGUUAAUUAAUCUUUUGCGUACUAAGUUUGAAACCCAUUCAGACGCGACAAAGGCUCGUCAUCUUCCACUAAGCAUGAUCAAUAACCAAGUUGAAAGAUUAUAUAUAUUAAUCAUAUAUUGAAAAAAAUAAUAACUGUCCGACUAUAUUCUUCCAACGUAUUUCGUUCUAAUCAAAAUUUAUUAAGAGAGGAAGUUCAAUGUUAGCGAGAUUAGUCAAUAUUUAUCUAUUUCGAUAGAAGAAAAAAAUAAGCAAUUUGAGUCGCUCUUCAAACAAUUCCUUGCAUUUUCUCCAUCUUACGUCAAUACAUGUCAAAAAUUCAUCCAGCAUAUCAUCAUAAAAAGCUACGAAGCAAACCUCUUGUUUACAACAACGAAGAUGAACGCAAAGAUUACAAUAAUAAUGGUCUUCUUCCUUCUCCUCCUCCUCCACCAGCUCGAUUAAUGUUAAGUAGGCCACGGGCUAAUUGCCCGUCUAUUUUUACAGUAUGGAAGAAAUCCAGUAUGAGUUUCCAAGGAACAGAUGGAUUUACGGUGUUUGAUAAGCAAGGCAGAUUAGUUUUUCGGGUAGACAAUUACACCCGAAGGAAGAAUCGAUCCAUUGCUAGCCGCGGCAGCAGAUCUGGUGGACUUGUACUCAUGGAUGCACCUGGUAAACCUCUCUUAACAUUGAGACCACAGAUGACCGUGCAAUUGCAAUAUGAAUGGAAUGGAUAUAGAGGAGGGGAAGAUGAUGAUCAAUCCACUGAGCUAAACAAUUCUACUCCUUUGUUCGUAAUGAGAAGACCUCCAUUAUCUUUGUUUACUAUGAUGGGAACAAGUACGACUUCAUCAUGCCAGGCUCAAGUCUUUGUUGCCGGAGAGAAUAAUGUCAUGGACAUGAAGACUAGGAGGAGGCCGAAUUACAGGGUGGAGGGUUCUUUUCGUAGGCGAAAUUGCAACAUCAUCGACUCUGAUGGUCAUAUUGUAGCAAAUAUAUCGCGAAAAGUAGCUAACACGACAACCCGCGCUCGCAGUACCAUUUUGAUUAGCGACGACGUUUUUAGCUUGGUGGUACAACCAGGCUUUGAACCUCACAUUUUUAUGGCUUUUGUUAUUAUCUUGGAUCGCCUGUAUCCUAAUUCAUACGCUCCCAUUAUUUGUUCUUAAUGUAAUUGAUUUGCAGCUCUAAAAUAUCAAGGGGUUUUAAAGAAAAAAGAAAUUCUACCGGUUUA